GAAGAGGAGAGGAGUCGGUGUGGAGGAGCAGCCGUCCUGCUGUCCUUUGUGUCAGGACGUCCUGAAGGAUCCAGUCUCUAGCAGCUGUGGACACUGGUUCUGCAGACGCUGCAUGAGCUCAUACUGGGACCAGUCUGCUCCACCAGGACCGUCCUCCUGUCCCCAGUGUGGAAAAAGAUCCAGAACCAGAGCUGGACUGCAGACAGCCAGUCAGAGCAGAACUGUACCAGCAGAUGCUGGUCUGCAGGAGGUCCGAGAUGAACACAAGACCAGUCUGAGGAGGAGAUGUGAACAUGUGACUGAAGGAAUCGAUGAAACAGGAAGUAUAACCCCCCUCAACAGGAUCUACACGGAGCUCUUCAUCACAGAGGGACUGAGUGAAGAGGUUGAUACCCAACAUGAGGUGAUGCAGCUGGAGACAGCUUCCAGGAUGAAGAGCCUCCAUGACGCUCCAAUCAGGUGCCAGGACAUCUUUAAAGCCUUACCUGACCAACGUGGAGCCAUCAGAGUGGUUCUGACCAAUGGCGUCGCUGGUGCUGGGAAAACCUUCUCGGUUCAGAAGUUCUCUCUGGACUGGGCCGAGGGCUCGGAGAACCAAGACGUCACCGUGGUGAUUCUGCUCUCGUUCAGGGAGCUGAACCUGAUCAGAGAUGAGCAGUUCAGUCUUCUCAGGCUGAUCCAGGUUUUCCAUCCAUCGUUACAGAAGCUCACAGCAGAGCAGCUGGCUGCCGGGAAACCGUUGUUCAUCUUUGACGGCCUGGAUGAAAGCAGACAUUCCCUGGACUUCAACAACGGUCCGGUCGUGUCUGACGUCACACAGAGCUCAUCGGUCAACGUGCUGCUGACCAACCUCAUCCAGGGGAACCUGCUUCCCUCAGCUCUCAUCUGGAUCACUUCCAGACCUGCAGCAGCCAAUCAGAUCCCUCACAAACACGUGGACAGGGUGACAGAAGUACGAGGCUUCACCGACGGCCAGAAGGAGGAAUACUUCAGGAGGAGGUUCAGGGAUGAAGAGCGGUCCAGCAGCAUCGUCUCCCACAUGAAGACAUCCAGAACCCUCCACAUCAUGUGUAAACUCCCGGUCUUCUGCUGGAUCACUGCUACAGUUCUGGACCACAUGUUGACCACAGAGCAGAGAGGAGAGCUGCCCAAGACCCUGACUGACAUGUUCUCCCACUUCCUGGUGGUCCAGACGCAGAGGAAGAGGAACAAGUACCAGGAGGGACAUGAGACGAGUCCACAGGAGCUGACGGAGGCUGACAGGGACCUUCUCCUGAAGCUGGGGAGGCUGGCGUUUGAACAUCUGGAGAAAGAGAAAGGAAACAUCAUGUUCUACCAAGAAGACCUGGAGCAGUGUGGUCUUGAUGUCCCAGAGGCCUUGGUGUACUCAGGAGUUUGUACCCAGAUCUUCAGGAGAGAGUGUGAGAUCUUCCAGAAACCCGUCUACUGCUUUGUUCAUCUGAGCAUCCAGGAGUUCCUGGCUGCAGUCUACGUGCUCCACUGUUGCUCCACCAGAAACACAGAUGUGCUGAAGAACUUCCUGGGAAAAGAUUCAGAUGAAUCCAUGGAUGACUCCUUGGAAGAAGACUGCGGAUACUCAUCUCUGGAUAAGUUCCUGGAGAGAGUCAUGCUGAAAUCCCUGGGGAGUAAAAAUGGCCACCUGGACCUGUUUGUCCGCUUCCUUCAUGGUCUUUCUGUGGAGUCCAACCAGAGACUGUUAGGAGGUCUGCUGAACCAGACGGAGAACCAUCCAGGAACCAUCCAGAGAGUCAUCAACAACCUGAAGAAGAUGAACACUGAGAGUAUCUACUCUGAAAGUAUCUCUCCUGACAGAAGCAUCAACAUCUUCCAGUGUCUGAUGGAGAUGAACGACCUCUCAGUUCAUCAGCAGAUCCAAGAGUUCCUGAAGUCAGAGAACAGAUCAGAGCAGGAACUCUCUGAGUUCCAGUGUUCAGCUCUGGCCUACAUGCUGCAGAUGUCAGAGGAGGUUCUGGAUGAGUUGGACCUGGACAAGUACAACACAACACUAUGGGGUCGAAGGAGACUGAUUCCAGCUGUGAGGAACUGCAGAAAGGCUCGAUUUGUUGGCUGUGAACUCUCAGAGACUCACUAUGAAGUUGUUGCAUCCGCUCUGAAGUCCAACCCCUCCCAUCUGACAGAACUGGACCUGAGUCAGAACCGGUACCUGCAGGGUUCAGGAGUGAAGGUUCUGUCUGGUGGACUGGAGAGUCCAAACUGUAGACUGGAGACUCUGAGAUUGCAGGACUGCGAUCUGUCAAAGAUCAGCUGUUCUUCUCUGGGCUCAGCUCUGAAGUCCAACCCCUCCCAUCUGGAACAUCUGGACCUGAGUCUGAACAAGCUGCAGGAUUCAGGAGUGAAACAUCUGUGUGGUUUCCUGGAGAGUCCAGACUGCAGACUGGAGACUCUGAGAUUGCAGGACUGCGGUAUGUCAAAGAUCAGCUGUUCUUAUCUGGGCUCAGAUCUGAAGUCCAACCCCUCCCAUCUGGAACAUCUGGACCUGAGUCUGAACAAGCUGCAGGAUUCAGGAGUUAAACAUCUGUGUGGUUUCCUGGAGAGUCCAGACUGCAGACUGGAGACUCUGAGAUUGCAGGACUGCGGUAUGUCAAAGAUCAGCUGUUCUUAUCUGGGCUCAGAUCUGAAGUCCAACCCCUCCCAUCUGGAACAUCUGGACCUGAGUCUGAACAAGCUGCAGGAUUCAGGAGUGAAACAUCUGUGUGGUUUCCUGGAGAGUCCAGACUGCAGACUGGAGACUCUGAGGUUGGAGGGCUGCGUGUUGUCAGAGAUCAGCUGUUCUUCUCUGGUCUCAGCUCUGAAGUCCAACCCCUCCCAUCUGAAACAUCUGGACCUGAGCUGGAACCAGCUGCAGGAUUCAGGAGUGAAACAUCUGUGUGGUUUCCUGGAGAGUCCAGACUGCAGACAGGAGACUCUGAGCUUGCAGUGCUGCGGUCUGUCAGGGAUCCGCUGUUCUUCUCUGGUCUCAGCUCUGAAGUCCAACCCCUCCCAUCUGAAACAUCUGGACCUGAGAUUCAACUACAAGCUGCAGGCUGCAGAUGUGGAGCAGCUGUCUGGUCUGGUGGAGAGUCCACACUACCAGCUGCAGACUCUCAGGUUGGAGAAAUGCAGGAUGUCAGAGAUCAGCUGUUCUUCUCUGGUCUCAGCUCUGAAGUCCAACCCCUCCCAUCUGAAACAUCUGAAACAUCUGGACCUGAGUGGGAACAAGAACCUGCAGGAUUCAGGAGUGAAACAUCUGUGUGGUUUCCUGGAGAGUCCAGACUGCAGACUGGAGACUCUGGGGUUGAAGGGAUGCUGGCUGUCAAAGAUCAGCUGUUCUUCUCUGGUCUCAGCUCUGAAGUCCAACCCCUCCCAUCUGAAACAUCUGGACCUGAGAGGGAACGGCCUGCAGGCUGCAGAUGUGGAGCAGCUGUCUGGUCUGCUGCAGAGUCCACACUACCGGCUGAAGACUGUCAGAAUAAAACGGAGCUAAACAGAUGACGGUGGACCAGGUGGACUCUUCUCAGAGGAGACGUCCUCCUAUAAUCUCUCAACACCAGCAAAGGUUGAAACAUGUGGCUCCACCAACCUCCACCUCUCCUUCAUCAAACUCCCUGGUCUGACGUUCUACUCAUUAUUUGGACUAAAUGAGGUUCAAAGCGAGUCUUCAGAAAACCUCUCGGUGACGUCACAGAGGGUUUUAAGUUCUUCUAACUUAACUCGGUCUGUUGUUAGCACUCAGCAAGAUGUUUUUGUACAACUUUAAAAAAAUACAGGUCGUCAAAGGUUGUGCUUUUGAGAACAAGGUUUGUUUAGAAGGAAAAAAGAACCGAGUCGGUGUCGUUGCUGUACAAGGAGAGGACAUUUAUUGAAGAAUUCCCAACAUCACAGAUGUGUGUUAUCUGAGGUUGUCUCUUUCAGAUUCCAGUGAUUCAGACAAAGUGAAUUCAUCCACUCACAUGCAAGUCACACACCUGUGCACUCACCUGCUCCCCCAGACACACAGGCCCACGGUCCAACAUACGUUCACAGUCUCGAUACGUACAAAAAUUGAUACAAAUACAAAUAAUACCACAAUAAAAACAUUGUAAUUAUUCUUUUUUUAAGAAAUUCUUACAGUUUAGCUAUGUUCUCUAUUCUGUAGAAAGACAACUAAGCUUUAAUAAGGGAACAAUAAUUUUUUCUGCCCUUCUCUAAAAUGAUCAGUAUAUCAUCAAUGAAAAUUAUUACAGUGUACAUACAUAUACGUGUGUGUGUGUGUAUAUAUAUAUAUAUAUAUAUAUAUAUAUAUAUAUAUAUAUAUAUAUAUAUAUAUAUAUAUAUAUAUACACACAUGUUUGUAUACAUAUAUUCAUUUUAAUCUAUGAUUUCUCCGACGGCCCGUUCCUGCUGACUUUAUUCACAGGCUGUUGGUUCAGAUCCUGACGUACGAGGACUCGCUGGCCUUGGAGCCCCGACACUCGCAUGUAUCACUCUUUAAGAAUCCAUGAACGACAAAAAAGAUGACAAGAUGAACCAAAACAUCCCAGCAUGUACAGUCUUCAGAGUCCAUCCACCCAAAAACAGGCGACGCUCCGUCUUUGCAUCCCCAAGAUAACGUUGAGGUCGACUGUACAGUCGUCCAGUGUAUCGUCUCGACUAUCGAUGGGUAAAAGCCCAGAUGAUGAGAUGCUGUUCAGUGUUGUGUAAGAAAAUGUUUCUCACCCUCCAGUUUCUAAAGUCAAACCCGACAACGUAAUAAUAUCAAGUGAAAACAGAAUAAAAGAAAAGUCCCCAUACAAACUGCAUAACUUAUUAAACAGCAACGAAUCAGAGCAAACAUAUUCACCAAACUCAAACUCCUGUUAUAUUGUUGUUUGAAAAGCCUCCGAUGUGAAAGGAACCGCAGAUUUGGAACAAAAAAGGAGAGAAAAAGGUUGGGCUGCUGAGUCUAACCCGGAAGUAAAGGAGGUUGCAGUUCCUUGACUGACCACUCGGGGCUGGCUCCAAAGACGAGUCUCCUUUGGCCUCCGUGUUGAAAUGUCUACAUUUCCAGCAGAAACAAACUUACUGGUCAAGAAUAUAGUUCUGGUCCCCGUAGCUGGAUGCUAAUGCUAAACUUUCUUUCCAAAAUCAACCAAAUGAGUUAAACAUUUUAAAAAUCAAAUCACAUCCUUAAAAACACCGGAGCGAGAAGUUUUGCACAUCAGAAACUACGGAGCAGCGUAUGGACUAAAGCCUGAUUUACACUUCUGCAUUUCUUCUUCAUCGUUAUAAACGCGGGCGAAACGAUAGUUUGUUGUGUUAUGAUUUUAUGAAACUGUUAAAAGUAUGAGGGGUUUUUUCUAUAAGAUUGUACUCUGAUAGUUGCUCUCAGCGCAGAACCAGCUCCUGUUUUCAUGACCAGACUGAUUAGCUGAGUUCUUCUUUAGGUGAGGACGGUGAACAGGAACGGAUGUUUAAGAUUGAUGGUUCCCCUCCUGUUUUUCUCUGGGUUUUGGUUUUCGUAGAUCUUUUCUGGGUCGGCAUGUCGGAUUAGAGAUAGACAACAGAAAAUAUAUGGCUGAAAGUGUGACAUGUUUAAGUUUCUUUUACUGCAGUCGGCCUCCCAGAUAAGGUUCAACAUCGGCUCCUAUAACGUACAAAACACCUCCCUUUUCAGUAUAAAUAUGACUGGAUUGAUGACCAACGUGUGCAUUUCUCUAUUGUGGUUUCAGAAAAUUGUACCUCCGGCUGGAAAACAUUGUGCAUGAUAUAAUAAAAAGCUUCUAUUAA